CCGCAAGACUACAGUAUGGCAAUCUCAUUUAAAAGUGCCCUUAAAGACAGUCGUUUCCCCCCAAUGACGAGGGAUGAGCUGCCACGGCUUUUCUGCUCAGUGUCUCUACUCACUAACUUUGAAGAUGUAUGUGACUACAUGGACUGGGAGGUGGGUGUACAUGGCAUUAGAAUAGAAUUCAUCAAUGAAAAAGGAUCAAAACGCACCGCCACCUACUUACCGGAGGUUGCAAAGGAGCAAGGAUGGGACCACAUUCAAACCAUAGAUUCCUUACUGAGGAAAGGAGGCUACAAAGCUCCGAUUACUAAUGAAUUCAGGAAAACCAUAAAGCUAACCAGGUACCGUAGUGAGAAGAUGACCAUGAGCUACACAGAGUACCUUGCCCAUCGUCAGCAUCAUCACUUCCCAAAUGGCAUUGGGCACCCCCUUCCACCAUACAACCAUUAUUCCUGACACUGAGCCGCAUGACCAGUCACUGGACCUCUCUGCAGACCUCUUCCCAGGAGACCCUGCCCCUUCUUGGUCUAGCUAUCUCUAUUACUGUACCAUUUUAUGAUGAUAGUUUCCGUUGCCAUUUUGAGGCUUCUCCAUAGUUGGUUAAGCUCAUUGUGGCAACGGGAGGGAAAACUGCAUUAUUACAAAGAUCCCAUACUUUUUUAUUGAAUCACUGCAGAUUUUUUUGCAGCAUAUAUAGCCCUUGGGUUUUUUAUGAAAUGUUAAAUUUCUACUUCAUUAACAUUGAAUUAUAUCAGUCAAGACUUUCUGUGACUGUGGAUGGAAGGAAGAGUUUAAGGAUUACAGUUGGGGAUUCUUUGCUCAGAAAAAAAAAAAAGGCAUUCAUGGCUUUUUCAUUAAUAGCUCUGUCAGGGAAUGAAACAUAUCAGAUUCAGGUAUUAUAUUAGACAAUGAAUUGCAUUUUCUUAACCUUCUUAAUAGUAGUCUGUGGUACAAUAUUUCAUAGACUUUCUUCUUCCCUUUGAGUUUUCCCAUGAGCUCCUUUGCUCAUCCGUUUAGGUCUCCUGCCGUGGUUGAGCAAGGAGCUCAUUGAAAAAAAAGACAAAGGGAAGAAGAAACUCUGUGAAAUGUGGAAAAAGGACCUGGCCACUUGGGAGGAAUAUAGGAAUGCUGUCAGGACCUGCAGGGAUGCAGCGAGGAAGGGUAAGGCCCACUUGGAAUUAAAUCUGGUGAGGGAGGUCAAGGACAGCAAGAAAGGUUGUGUUUUGUUUUUUUUUUUUUUGUUUUUUUUUUUCAAUAUGUCAGUAGCAAAAGAAAAUGUGGGCCUGCUACUUAAUAAGGUGGUUGCCCUGGUAACAGGGGAUGUUGAGAAGGUGGCGAUGCUGAACACCUUCUUUGCUUCGGUCUUCACUGAUUAGACUGUCCCUAUGGAACCUCAGACCAAGGAGGUAAGAGAGUCUGGAGAAAAGACUUUCCCUUGGUCAGGAGGAUCUGGUCAGAGAUCAUGUAGGCAAACUUGACUCAUACACAUCCACUGAUCCCGAUGGGAUGCACCCCCAAGUGCUGAGGAAGCUGGCAGAAGUGCUUGCCAAACCACUCUAUUGUCUUGGAGAAUGGGACAGGUGCCUGAAGACUGGAGGAUAGCCAGUGUCACUCCAGCCUUCAAAAAGGACAAGGAGGAGCUGGAAAACCACAGGUCAGUUGGCAUCACCUCUGUCCCUGGAAAGGAGAUGGAACAGCUUGUUACGUCAUCACCAAGCAACUGGAAGAAAAGGUGAUUAUCAGGAGCAGUCAGUGUGAAUUCACCAAGAGGGAAAUCAUGCUUGACCACCUUGGUAGCCUUCUGUGAUGUCAUCACCAGCUGGGUGGAUGAGGGGAGAGCAGUGGAUAUUGUAUACCUUGACUUCAGCAAGGCUUUAGACAAGACUUGCAGCCAUUCAGCAGGACAUGUACAGGUUGGUGAGUUGGGCAGAGAAGAGCCUGAUCAGCUUCAGCAAGAGCAAGUGUAGGGUCCUGUAUCUGGGAAGGAAUGACUGCACCCAUCAGUUGAGGUUUAGGGGCCUGCCUGCUGGAAAGGUGUUCUGCAGAGAAGGAGCUGGGUGCUGGCCAUGAAGUAUGCCCUUGUGGCUGAGAAGGCCAGCUUUAUCUUGGAGUGCAUUAAAAAGAGCAUGGCCAGCAGAUCGAGGGAGGUGAUCCCCCCUCUGCUCUGCCCUGGUGAGGCCA